ACCAGCCUGCAACAUUCCCACACUCCCGGAAGGAGAAAGCAAGCACACCCUGGGCCUGUAGACGGGCAACCAAUCGAAAGGGUCCUGUGGAUCCCCAGAAAACGAAUCGCCCUCCAAUUACAUAGCUGCAACGGACAACCCACCUUGAGGGAAAGCAUCUGUUGAAUCGCAAUCGCCGUAAUCUCGUCGGAGUUGAAAAUUCGACGGUCAACAAAGCCUUCUUCGUCUUUUUAUUGGAAAACUCUCGACACUCGUCACCCGACUGACUGGAAGAACUCGCAAUCCUCAAAAUUUACAUCGAGCGGAUAAUUGGUCAUUUGGAGAGCGCACGACUAGCAAGCAAGCCGUCACUGUUGAGACUCAACAUACACAACCUCGAAACCAUUAUCAAUAUGAAUUCGAAACCACAAGAGACUCCACCAUCAAGCUCAAAAAUUUCCAAGCCCAAAUUGAGCUAUCCGCGACGGUUCGAUCGGGCCUCGAAGGGCGCCCAACUCAAGCACAUCGCUCCUUCGCCCGCGCCCCCAAUCGUUCAUUCAUCCAUGGAUCAAGUCGAGCUUAUUCCGGAACUCAAGGCUAGCAUCUUAUCUAUCCUCACAUUCCAAUGGAUCCAGCCGCUUCUUUCACAAGGAUAUCGACGUCCGUUGGUGGAAACGGAUCUUUGGGCGCUUGAUCACGACCGUCAAUCGGAUAUCCUAUCGGACAAGCUUCUAGAGAAUUACCGCAAACGACAGCUUGCAGCCCAGAAAGACCAGCCCGCUGGCGACCCCAAGCACCUUGCGAAGGCUUCUUUGGUUCGAGCACUCAACGACACCUUCUUUCGAAGAUUCUGGAUUGCUGGGCUUUGCAAGUUGAUCAGUGAUGGAUUCGUGGCAUGCACCCCCCUCGUCAAUCGCGCCUUGAUCGAAUAUGGCAACAGUGUUUAUCGUCAUAAACUCAACCCAGAUACCACUCCACCGCCACACUCCAAAGCUCACGGCUAUGGGCUUGCAAUCGGACUGUUCCUUAUGCAAGCGUCCUCAACGUUUUUUCUACAUCAGUUCUUUUACCUGAGCAUGUCGGUUGGUGUGCUAAGUCGCUCCGCAUUGAUUGCAGCCAUCUAUAAACGUUCCCUGUCAUUUAGUUCAAGAUCCCGGAAACAGUUUCCUACCUCUCAACUGGUAGGCCACAUCUCUUCCGAUGUGUCUCGCAUCGACGUUUGUAUGGGGCUCUUUCAUAUGUCUUGGGCCACUCCCAUCCAACUUGCGGCUAUCCUGGCGAUUCUAGUUCUCCAGAUCGGCCCUAGCAGUUUGGCAGGAGUAGGUUUCAUCUUAAUGCUAUUGCCUCUGCAAAUCGCAGCCAUGGGACUUAUGUUCUCACUACGUAUGAAAGUGGUUUCAUGGACAGAUAAGCGUACUCGCAAGACCCAGGAAGUCCUUCAAGGGGUCAAGCUGUUGAAGCUUUUCGGAUGGGAGGAAGCCUUCUUAUCAAUCAUAGACCGCUUCCGAGUCAAAGAAUUGAACCUUUUACACAAGGCGUUAGUUGUUCUGGCCGCUUCUUUGGCCCUUGCCAAUAGUUUCCCUCUUCUAGGUUCCGUCAUCGCCUUCGUGACUUAUUCCGCUAUGGGCCAUGGCGCAGGAAACCCGGAGGCAGUCUUCACUAGUCUUUCACUCUUCAAUUUGCUUGGGCUUCCCCUGCUUAUCCUCCCAAUCGCCCUAGGCUCUAUCGCAGAUGCUCGAAGUGGGAUUCAACGGCUGGAGAAAGUUUUUGAAGCGGAGGUGGUCGAAGAGCAAGACGAAAUCUUCGUUGAUUCCACUCUUGAUGCUUCGAUUCGUGUGACGAAAUCUUCGUGGGUUUGGGAGCCGAACAACGCAGACGAUGGCGAUCAAGAGAAAAAACCUGACAACCCAAUAGCAGAUCUCUCAAUCGAUGAUCAGAAGAACCCGACACACCCCAACCCCGCAAAUGUCACAUCUAGUUUCCGACUGACCGACAUUGAAAUGGAUAUCAAACGUGGAUCACUGACCGCUAUCGUUGGGCCGAUUGCAUCGGGCAAAUCAUCUUUGAUUCAAGCGCUGAUUGGCGAAAUGCAACAGAUUUCAGGCAGCCCACCCUCAUUCGGGGGCCAAGUUAGCUACUGUCCACAAAACGCUUGGAUUCAAAACGACACGAUCCGCGACAAUAUUAUUUUUGGGUCGGAAAUGGACGAGAAGCGCUACCAAGCCGUCAUUCACGCAGCUUGUCUUCAAGCCGAUCUCGACAUGCUCCCCCAGGGCGACAUGACUUUGAUCGGGGAAAAGGGAAUCAACUUAUCUGGUGGACAAAAACAGCGAAUAAACAUCGCCCGCUCGAUUUACUUCAUUUCCGACAUUAUCCUCUUCGACGAUCCACUAUCUGCUGUCGAUGCACAUGUCGCAAAACAUGUAUUCGAGCAUGCAAUCCGAGGCAGUAAUUAUACUGCUGGUCACAGCGGAAUCGGCAACCAAACCAAAAUUCUGGUUACUCAUGCAUUGCAUCUUUUACCCAAGGUCGACGAGAUCAUCUGUAUGAAUGACGGCAAGAUCCAAGAACGAGGCACAUUCGAGGAACUCUUAGCUGCUGGUGGUACCUUUUGCGCCUUGUACAGAGACUUUGCUGGGGGUCAACACCAACAAAAUCAUGCGGCAAAUCAAACCCCAGAGAAAGCUGAGACAGAGAUCUCGACAAAAUCUCCCACCGAGAAGGAUCACAAUCAGAGUGUAGAUGAUAGGGUGGACCAUAUACCAAAGAAUGAACCUUCAGGGAAAAUCGAGGGAGAUGAUGACUUGAAUCAGAUGCAGCAAGAAGAACGAGUAACGGGCUCUGUUCCUUGGAGCGUCUACAAGCACUUAUUCACAGCCGGUAACGGGAAAUGGUUGGGUCCGCUAUUGGUCAUCAGCGUUGUCUUCGAACAAUCUGCCGUGGUGCUGUCCUCUUAUUGGUUGGUAUGGUGGCAGAAUGCUAAAAUCCAAAUCAGUCAAGCAACUUAUAUGGGUGUUUAUGCUAGCCUUGGAAUCUUUCAAACGCUUUCGGGAUUUGCCAUGGGUGCUGUGGGCGUAACGAUUGGAUUUUACGCGUCUAAAAACUUACAUCACGGCGCAUUGAAGGCGAUAACGAGGGCACCUCUAGCAUUCUUUGACACGACUCCUCUCGGGAGAAUUAUGAAUCGACUGUCGAAGGACGUGGACUCGAUCGAUAAUAAGUUGAACGACUCCAUGAGGAUGGUUUUGACAACACUCUCACAAGUUAUUGGAGCCAUCAUUUUGAUUGGGAUUACGAGUCGCUAUUUCUUACUCGCGAUGGCAGGUGUAACAGCAGGCUGUUGGCUUCUUGCCACCUUCUACAGGCCCUCCGCUCGAGAUAUACAACGUCUGAAUAACUUGCUCCGAAGCAAGCUUUAUGCGCAGUUUACCGAAUCCCUGAAUGGAAUCACCACCAUCAAGGCUUACGGAAUGAAGGCGAAAUCAAUAGUCAAGCACUGUCGCCUGUUGGAUCACGAGACUCGGGCUUAUUACUUGACCACUGUAAAUCAACAAUGGCUUGGGAUUCGGUUGGAAGGAUUCGGCUCGAUCUUGGUGUUCAUUGUCGCGAUUAUCUCAGUCGCACAAGCUGGCUCGAUUAAUCCGAGUCAAAUUGGCCUCAUACUCACUUAUGUUCAAACGAUCUCCCAAUCACUGAGCUGGCUUGUCCGCCAGAUUGCGGAAGUUGAGAACAGUCUUAACUCAGUGGAACGCGUCCUGUGGUAUCAAAAAAAUGUACCACAAGAGGCUGCAGCUCUGCUUCCCGAUACAGAUCCCGAUACAACCUGGCCCUCCGGCGGUUCGAUUCAAUUCGAUUCCAUCGUGAUGAGCUAUCGGCCGGGAUUACCACAGGUUUUGAAAGGGCUUUCGAUAGACGUCGCCGCAGGAGAGAAGAUUGGGGUGGUUGGCCGUACCGGAGCUGGGAAGAGCUCACUGAUGUUGGCUUUGUUCAGGACCACGGAGUUGGAGUCGGGCAGCAUCAAAAUUGACGGAGUGAAUAUUAGAGAGAUCGGCUUGGAUCGUCUGCGACGCUCAAUUUCUAUCAUUCCUCAAGACGCUAUACUCUUCGAAGGAACGAUCCGAACGAACCUCGAUCCGUUUGACGAAUACGACGACCAAAGCUUGUGGGAUGCUUUAUCCAGAUCAGGCCUCAACCAAAAAAACGCCUACCUCGGUGAAACUAAGGAGAAGUAUGGAUUAGAUAGUGUUAUUGAGGAUGAAGGAGUGAACCUUUCGGUGGGAGAACGGAAUUUGGUGUCUCUGGCUAGAGCUUUGGUCAAAAACUCAAAAAUCAUCGUGUUGGAUGAAGCAACAGCAUCUGUUGAUUUUGAGACUGAUGCCAAGAUCCAAGAAACCAUCCGCAAGGAAUUUGGAGAUAAAACACUGUUAUGUAUCGCUCAUCGCUUAAGGACGGUAAUCAACUAUGAUAAGAUUGUCGUCAUGGAUGGCGGCCGUGCAGUUGAGAUUGGGACUCCGUUGGCCUUGUAUGAUCAGGAAACAGGAAUCUUCAGGAAUAUGUGCGAAUCGUCCUCAAUUACGCGUCAAGACAUCGUCUCCUCCCGCGGAUCGCACUCUUCAGUCGGGGAUACAUAAGCCAAUCCCAACAAGACCACGCAGUCUGCGGCUUGUCGACCCAUCACAAAAAUUAUCAUGAAUAAUGCGCCUGUUGAAAGCAAUCUUCAAUUAUCGUUUGUCUGUCAAGCUUGCUGCUAGCAAGUCUUUUUUUUGUAUAUAUCCUUGCCGAGGCCCGUUAGACUUUUUGAAGCCUAUGUAAUUGCAAUCUAGCUGAGCCCUUCGCACAACAUGCAUGAAUGGAACCUGGUCAAAAAAAGCAUCAGAUAGAUGAUUG